AUGUCGAUAGUUGCUCUCAAGAACGCGAUCGUGCGGCUGGUCACCAAGAAAUCCGACGGAGAUCGUGCUCCGUUGCUCACGAAUGGACAGAGUAGUGAAGAAACAUACGGGGCUGGAUCCAGUCAUGACGAAGAAGAUGUCACGAACCAGUUUGCAGACGAAGAAAACGGGAAAUUCGGCGACCAAGACCACGAACACGGCCACACCCUUCUGGGCAGCGUCGAUCCAAGAGUAAUGAGCGAUUUGAUUAUUGGGCUUAGUGACGGUCUUACGGUACCGUUUGCACUUACUGCCGGUCUGUCCUCUCUGGGAGACGCAAAGCUUGUGAUUACAGGUGGGCUUGCGGAAUUGAUAUCGGGGUCCAUAUCUAUGGGACUUGGAGGUUAUCUGGGUGCCAAAAGUGAGUCCGAUUACUACCGUGCGGCGAUGAAACAAGAAAAACGCAAAUUCUAUAACAAUAUGAACAUGAUAAAUCACGAGAUCGAAGACAUCCUGCUAGAAAUGAACCCGGAUUUCUCGGAUGAAACUAUCGUGUCUUUUAUAAAAGACUUGCAAAAAAAUCCAGAAUUGAUGGUGGAUUUUAUCAUAAAAUUCGGACGUGGGCUCGAAGAACCUGCCGAAAACAGGCAAUUGAUCAGUGCACUCACCAUUGGUGGAGGUUAUUUCGGUGGUGGAUUCAUCCCAUUAAUUCCAUAUUUUUUCGUCGAUCAAGUCCGGUCCGGUUUAAUUCUUUCCAUCAUAAUAAUGUCAGUGACCCUUUUUCUUUUCGGAUACGGGAAAACUGCUGUGUCCAUGAGCGAUAGUUGCUCUUUGAAUAAAAAAAUUAGUGAAGGUUUCCAAAUGUUACUUGUCGGCGGAGCAGCUGCCGGUUCUGCAUGGUUUAUGGUUAGAGUCAUCGGCAAUUAA